AUGUUUGCUGUAGAUGGGUUGUCGGAUGAUCAGAUCUCUCUACUACUCGAUCAACUAUCAUUCAGCCAUUAUCUCAUUCUACGGCAUGUCAAUCGACGAUUCAGAAAUGCCAUUGAUCGUCGAUAUAUGAUGCCGAAAAGGAUAGAAUAUGCCGCGUGUAUCGGCAGAACAAUCGAAGGAAACGAAGAAGAAGAAGAAGAUGGCCAGCCCGCGACGGCACAAUCCCAAAAAAUUGUGGUGCGAGCUGCUCGGCUGAUAUUCGCGAAUUACGAUGAUAUAGACUACCGGAGAUGGCCUGGGGUACGGUGCGAGAUCGUGGUGGAUAGUCAGACUCAGUCUUUAUUUGUUGUGCGCGACCACAGUGACACGUAUACCAGCCGAUACCCGAUUGAUUUCAAUGGAUUUAUGGCCACCCUUGCUCGUCUCAGCCGUACUAUCAAGAAGAUUCAUGCUAUAUUCGAGGCGAAUCCCACGGCUCUGGAAAAGUACUACGGUUGGAAGAGGCCGAGGAUGGAAGAAGAUGCUGCAUUUGAGGUGAGCGGCUUCUUCCGGUCGUUGCGCGCGACGAAGAGGUUUCGGAUGGGGGGUGAUACGGAUGAAUACUUUCGAAAAGUGAUCAGCAACUAUCGAGGGGAAUGCCAUUUCUUGACGAUUCGUUCCAAUAAACCACCGGUCGGUCGUUGUCGACAAUGUCAAAUGCGAUACGGCUCAGAAAUUCCAUGGGAAUGCGAAGAAUGCAAAGAAUUGUGGAGUGAAGGAUGGGGAAGGAAUUGGCAAUACAAAAACUUUGGACCCUACGAAAGAGCCCCAAUAGAGAUGACUUGGGAUUAUGAGAAAUAUCCAUCCAUCCACUAUUUCACAUCGUUUAUUGAUCUGGCAAUUUGCCCAUCUCGGCCACAACAAUCGGGAUAUUUACAUGAAACGCGGAUUGCUCAGCCGAAGCACCCCCAGAUAGUCCGUAACCCAUUCGACGAUGCCAGAUAUCCCGAUAUUCCAUUAUUUCUGAAAAAGUACGAAAGACACCUUCGAACACUUCAUAAUGGAAUGAUGACAUUUCUUGAUGAUACGGAUGCUGAUCUAGAAUUAUUGGCCAAAUGGAUGCCAGAAGAGCUUGACUUUGACGAGUUGGUUGUUUCAGAGUUGCAUAGAUUCCGAAUUGAAGUUUAUGGCAAAGUGUUCCUCUGCGCCAUCUACAACUCUCAAUUUCCGGACAGAUCCCUCGAUCCAGCCACCUACUUGUUAAUUUUCGACAAA